CGAACUGUUGGUAUUAUCUCUGGAAUUGUAGGCUGGCAAUUGCAAAUGGUGGCUGUUAAUACUUUUAGCAGCACGUGGUUAGGUCGCUUACAAUAAUUUGUCACCUUUCGCAGAGCUUUAAAUAUGGUCUCUAAGAGGAAGAAGAAGUAUGAGUCUGGGGAAGGCAACAGAUAUGUGUCAAGAAAGACAGCCCUAAAGAUGUUGCAGUUAUCACUCAAGGAUUUUCGGAAGUUAUGCAUAUUGAAAGGAAUAUAUCCGAGGGAACCACGUAAUAGAAAAAGAGCCCAAAAGGGUGCACCUGGAAUCAAAACAUUGUAUCAUUUAAAGGAUAUUCAGUUCUUAAUGCAUGAACCCAUCAUAUGGAAACUUAGGGACUAUAAGAUUUUUGCAAAGAAAAUGGGGAAAGCGAGAGCAUUGCGAGACUUUGAGGCCAUAAAACGGUACCUAGAAAAUCGUCCACAUGUUACAUUGGAUCACAUAGUGAAAGAAAGAUAUCCAUCCUUUGUUGAUGCUAUACGUGACUUGGAUGAUUGUCUCUCACUAUUAUUUAUGUUCUCAACAUUCCCUUCAUUGCAACAUGUACCUCGUGAUCAGUCAGCACUGUGUCGACGUCUUACUAUUGAAUUUCUUCAUGCUGUUAUUGCAUCACAGGCACUUAGAAAUGUCUUUGUAUCCAUCAAAGGCUACUACUUCCAAGCUGAAAUAAAAGGACAGAAAGUCACAUGGAUUGUGCCACACCACUUCUGUUUUGCGCCUCAAUCUACAAUGGAAGUAGAUUUCCGAAUCAUGUCAACAUUUGUGCAGUUCUAUAGUGUGUUGCUGGGAUUUGUAAAUUUUCGACUCUAUCACUUACUAAAUCUUCACUAUCCACCAACAUUUGCAGUAUUGUCAGCUGAUGCCACAGAGAAGACUUUGGUUGAUGAAGAAGCUUUUGUAUCCGAGCGUGUUGCAGCACUCAAUGUACCACUCUUUUGUACUGGUCCUACUGUAGAGGAAGAAGUAGAAAUGGACCAAUUCCCAAUGAUUGAAGAUCAGACAAAACUGGAAGAAGUGAAACAGGAAGCAGAAAAAGUAAAGAAACAGAAGACUCUCUUCAAAGGAUUGAAGUUCUUCAUAAAUCGGGAAGUUCCUCGUGAGCCAGUUGUGUUUACAAUUCGGUGUUUUGGUGGUGAGGUUUCGUGGGAUAAACUGCUGUUUGUUGGAGCCGCUUUUGAUGAGUCUGAUGAGAGUAUAACACACCAAAUUGUGGACAGACCACACAUGGGAAAACAGUACAUUUCUAGGUACUACGUUCAACCACAAUGGAUAUUUGAUUCUGUAAAUGCAUGUGAACUUCUGCCUGUUGAGAAGUAUUUCCUUGGAGCAGUGUUGCCACCACAUCUUUCACCAUUUAUAGAUAAAACAAGACAACUGUACGUUACACCAGAGGAAAGAGCACUUGAGGAUCCAUCAUUAGCAGAAAUUAACCCAGAAGAUGAAGAGGAAUCAGAGGAUGAGGAGAGUGAAAAGAAAGAUGAAGAAGGUGAGAGUGAGGAAGAAGUUUUGAGAGAUGAUGAGGAAUCAGAAAAGGCAAAUGAAACUGAACUUAACAAAAAAGAUGAAAUCAUGGAGAAAAAGAAGAAACAAAUGUCUGUGAGCAUGGGAAUUGUUGCUCGGGAAGACCCAACUGAGAAAAGACACCAAGAGAGGCAGGAGCACAAGUUAAGAGAGAAAAUGAUUAAGAAGAAACAUAGGAACCUGUAUCGAAGCAUGAUGAAAGGCAGAGCAGACUGUACCAGCGUGUUGGACAAGAUGACAGAUUCUGUGGGCUGCCUCAUGAAGGAAGCAAUUGAAAUUCGUCUGAACACCAGUAACUUCAACAGAGACGGGUUUAACGUUGGGCCAGGCUGGUACCUGGUGUUGAACAAGCUAUCCAAUGAGAAAGCUGGACUAAUCAGAGUGAACACUACACUGCACACCAGUCCGUAUUGGCUAGCAUGCAGCCAUGUUUGGGCAGGUAUAUAUGUAGCAUGGGCUGGAUCUCCAACCACUUCAGUACUCUGA